AUUCUGUCUUCAUUGUAAGAGUAUGUUACAAUGCCUCGUAAAAGGCUGCCGUGCUGCAGUUUGCAGGCGCUCUUUCUGCAGAUUCUGGGCUUGGCGUAUUUCCUGUUCCUUUCACAGAUGGCCAGUAGUGACUGGUUCAGGACGGUUCUGAAAAAGGCGACUGACAUAGAAAGAGAAACGAGUGGGAUGUUUUUGAACGCUUGGGCAAAGAACCUGUCGAGUAGAGAAAAGCAGUUUUCGGAUAAAAUCUCAGAAACAGAAGAAGAUAGAUAUGGAAAUAUAUCAGUAAAGUUGCCGAGUGACAUCUUAGAGAACUUGGUACCGCCUUUCGGCAAGCAAAAGUUCCAACUUUCGGACAUACCCUACACCAGAGACCAACACCACGUGGAAUCGGUGAGCGCACAAUUUUAA